ACGAACUCGCAUGCCUCUCUCUCUAAAGGGUUCGUUUCCUGCUCAAUUUCGGGGUGCAAUCCCAUUCUCGGGUUUCUGCUUGUCUGCAUGCUUCUGCGUGUUAGGAGAUAACCCUAGAAAUCUCAAUUUCAAGGGUUUCUCCUCCGUGUUCUCUUGCUUUUUGUUUUCGAGGAUUUUGGUCUAGGAGUUCGGUUUCUCGUUUUUCUUUUUCUUCUGGAUUUCUGGAGAGUUUUAGUACACCUAUAGCAGUGAUGGAUGGAUUCAAUGAUGAGGGUUUUGUUGAAGAGAUCCUCAGUCCGAAGGAUUUCAAGGGAUUGGCAACGAGUUCGGCAGGUCUGUAGAAGAGAGAGCUUGUAACUUUGUGUGGAAUUACGGUUUACCUUGAUACUAAGUGGGUACAAUGGAUCAUCCGCGAACUGGUGCGAACGCAGACGAUAAUGUGGGAAUUCCGGAGGACUUGCGUUGUAAGAGAUCUGAUGGGAAACAAUGGAGGUGCAGUGCAAUGUCCAUGCCUGACAAGACAGUAUGUGAAAAGCACUACAUCCAGGCAAAGAAGAGGGCCGCGAAUUCUGCACUGAGGGCGAGCCUGAAAAAGGCAAAGAGAAAAUCGUUAGGGGAAUCUGAUAUUUACUUGGAGAGUAGGAACGAUGAUCUGGAUAUGCCUCUUGUGAGCUCAAAGGGUGGAGAAUACCAUGCUCCUACAAUCUCUGGAAAGAAGUAUAAGGAGAAAGUUUCCAAAGCCCAGGUUUUGUAUUCGCCUGAGACACCUCCAGUUAGGGUUUUGCCUACCCGCAGCCCUCUGAAAUCGACUGAAGAUCCACAAAGAGAUCUUAUGCUGUUUGAUGACAACCGGAAAUCUUCUUAUAAGAUUCCAGCAUCUUCCAAGAGAAACUUUGAUGCCAAUGCCCUUGCGGACCUUUCAGAUAGAAGUACAGAUACAUCUGAAGAAGCUGGUGGGCAAACUUGCCAUCAGUGUCGGCGAAAUGACAGAGGUAGAGUUAUCUGGUGUCUGAAAUGUGAUAGGAGGGGAUACUGUGAUAGCUGCAUUGCUAAGUGGUAUCCUGACAUAUCAUAUGAGGAGAUCCAGAGGGUAUGCCCUGCAUGCCGUGGGUCUUGUAAUUGUAAAGCAUGCUUACGUGGAGACAAUUUGAUAAAGGUAAGGAUACGGGACAUAGCUGUGCAAGAUAAGUUGCAAUAUCUCCACUGUCUAUUGUCCUCAGUUCUUCCUGUAAUCAAGCAGAUCCACUCAGAGCAGAGCUCUGAAAUGGAGAUUGAAACCAAGCUACAUGGAACCAAAACAGAUAUUCCCAGGGCAAAAGUGCAAGCAGAUGAGCAGAUGUGCUGCAAUUGCUGUAGGACACCUAUUGUUGAUUAUCACCGACACUGUGCAAAUUGCAUGUAUGAUUUAUGUCUCAGUUGUUGUCGUGAUCUCCGGGAAGCUUCUCAUGGUGUUGUUGGAGAACAGCAAGAAAAUCAGUUGUCUGAGAGAAGCCAAGAUGGAGUGACCAUGAUAGAGAAGCAGAAAACAUCCAAGUUAAGAAUGGUUUUAUCAGAGCAGUUUCCUGAUUGGAAAGCCAAUAGUAAUGGCAGUAUACCGUGCCCACCAAAAGAGUAUGGUGGUUGUAGUUGUUCAUCUCUAUCCUUAAGACGCAUUUUCAAGAUAAAUUGGGUUGCAAAGCUGGUGAAAAAUGUGGAGGAAAUGGUGAAUGGAUGUAAGGUAUAUAAUGUGGACAGUCCACGCUCUCUUGGGUUGAAUGAUCCAAAGUUCUGCCAAGCGGCCCACAGAGAAGGAAGUGAUGAUAAUUUCCUGUAUUGUCCAACAUGUCAAGAUAUUAAAGUUGAAGGAAUUGGUCAUUUUCGCAAGCAUUGGAUUAGGGGUGAACCCAUUAUUGUUAGGCAGGUUUUUGAUGGUACUUCAAGUUCGAGCUGGGAUCCCAUGGUUAUAUGGAGAGGAAUACGGGAGACUACAGAUGAGAAAACAAAAGAUGACAACAGAACUGUUAAGGCUAUUGAUUGCUUAGACUGGUCAGAGGUUGACAUUGAACUUGGUCAGUUCAUCAAAGGAUAUUCAGAGGGAAGAAUCCAUGAAAAUGGAUGGCCAGAAAUGUUAAGGUUGAAAGAUUGGCCAUCUCCCAGUGCAUCAGAAGAAUUUUUAUUGUACCAGAGACCUGAUUUUAUCAGUAAACUACCAUUGCUUGAGUACAUCCAUUCCAAGUGGGGUCUUCUAAAUGUUGCUGCAAAUCUGCCCCAUUAUUCCUUGCAGAAUGAUGUAGGGCCCAAGAUUCUUAUUUCUUAUGGGAUAUAUGAGGAACUUGGUAGAGGUGAUUCUGUGGAUAAUCUCCAUAUCAGCAUGCGUGACAUGGUAUACCUACUGAUGCAUACGUCUGAAGUGAAACUAAAAGGUUGGCAACGGUCGAAGAUUGAGAAGAUACAGAGAACUUUUAAGGAAUCUGAUGCAAGAGAAUCAAGUGGGGAUGUACAAACAAGCUCACAUGAAGGAGGAAAGUCACCUGAUUUAGCACUUGAGGAACAUGGAAUGCAGAAUGAAAAUAUUACAGGGCUGGACAUCAAUAAAGAUGAGAUCAUGGAGGAACAAUCAUUUAGUGGGAUGGAAACUGCUUCUGGUGGUGAAAGGAAAGACCUUAGUUCUGGCCAUCCAAACAAAGAUAAUGGAGAUUUGAAUGCUGAAAAGUCUCGCAUAGGAGCUGUUUGGGAUGUCUUCCGUCGCCCGGAUGUUCCAAAUCUGAUUGAAUAUUUGAAGGUUUAUUGGGAAGAAAUUCGGAAAUCUUCCAGUCUUCCAAAUGAUUCAGUAACUCGUCCACUUUAUGAUCAAGCUGUUUUCCUCAAUAAAGAGCAUCUGAGAAAGUUGAAGGAGGAACUUGGAAUAGAGCCAUGGACAUUCAAACAGUAUGUGGGUGAGGCUGUAUUCAUCCCUGCUGGAUGCCCUUUCCAAGUAAGGAAUCUUCAGUCUUCAGUUCAGUUGGGCCUUGACUUUUUAUCUCCUGAAAGCUUGAGUGAAUCUUUAAGGUUAGCUGAAGAGAUCCGCAGUCUUCCGAACGACCAUGAAAUGAAGCUUCAGAUGUUGGAGGUUGGAAAAAUGUCACUCUAUGCAGCCAGUUCAGCCAUCAAAGAAGUCCAAAAGCUGGUGCUUGAUCCCAAAUCUGGGGCAGAGCUCGGGUUUGAUGAUCCAAACUUAACAGCGAUGGUUGCCGAUAACCUUGAAAAGAUGAUUAAAAGAAGGCAAAUAACUUGUGUUUGAUUAUAUGUUGUACAGUAUUUUUCAUUUGAUUAGAAAAUUAUUUUCAUGAACAUCCAAAAUAUAGAAAACAAUUUCAAUGUAUUUAAUGUAACCAUACGUCAGUUUUCUAUAAUUGUAUUUAGUAUCAUCUAUUGCCAUUUAUUUACCAA